GACCGGGCCGGCGUCCCCCGCCGAGCCUGACCUUGGGUCCAGACCCCUCGGGUUGGACCGCCGUACCCGGGAAGAGCCGACUUCGAGCUUCUUCUCUCUGCCUCCAAAGCAGGCGGCGCUCCCGAGAGCGCGGGCCGCGCCCUCCGGCCGCCAGGCGCUCCCCAUGCACCUGCCUGGCUGCGCCCCCGCCAUGGCCGAUGGCAGCUUCUCGCUCGCCGGCCACCUGCUCCGCAGCCCAGGGGGGAGCACCUCGCGGCUGCACAGCAUCGAAGCCAUCCUGGGAUUUACCAAGGACGACGGCAUCCUCGGCUCGUUCCCGGCGGAGCGGGGCGCCCGGGGCGCGAAGGAGCGGGAUCGGAGGCCGGGCGCGCGGGCCGCCUGCCCCAAGGCGCCCGGGGGAGGCGCUGAGCCCUCCCCGCCGCCCGCCCCGGCGCCCGCUCCCGAGUACGAAGCCCCUCGCCCCUACUGCCCCAAGGAGCCCGGGGAGACGCGGCCGAGCCCGGGGCUGCCUCUCGGGCCCGCCGCGGGCGAAGCGAAGCUGUCGGAGGAGGAGCAGCCCAAGAAGAAGCACCGACGGAACCGCACGACCUUCACCACGUACCAGCUGCACGAGCUGGAGCGCGCGUUCGAGAAGUCCCACUACCCCGACGUGUACAGUCGGGAGGAGCUGGCCGGCAAGGUCAACCUGCCCGAAGUCCGCGUCCAGGUGUGGUUCCAGAACCGACGGGCCAAGUGGCGGCGGCAGGAGAAGCUGGAAGUGUCGUCCAUGAAGCUGCAGGACUCGCCCCUCCUCUCCUUCAGCCGCUCUCCGCCCUCGGCGGCUCUGGCGCCCCUCGGGGCGGGCCCGGGCGGCGGCGGCGGGCCGGCGGGGGGCGCCCUGCCGCUGGAGUCGUGGCUCGGGCCGCCGCUGCCGGGAGGGGGCGCCACGGCGCUGCAGAGCCUGCCGGGCUUCGGGCCGCCGGCGCAGAGCCUGCCCGCCAGCUACACGCCGCCGCCGCCGCCCUUCCUGAACUCUCCGCCGCUGGGCCCCGGCCUGCAGCCUCUCGGGCCGCCGCCGCCCGCCUACCCGUGCGGACCCGGCUUCGGGGACAAGUUCCCGCUGGACGAGGCGGACCCGCGCAACAGCAGCAUCGCCGCGCUGCGCCUCAAGGCCAAGGAGCACAUCCAGGCCAUCGGGAAGCCGUGGCAGGCCCUCUAGGGGCACCGGGGACCAAAUCGGGCCAGAGGACCGUCCCAGGAGGCGAAUCCGAGCCGCACGCGCGCAUCCCUUCUCCCUGGGUCCCCCCACUCGGCCACUCUUUCCCUGUGCCGCCUGCGAGCUGCGGGCUUGGGUCGCGGACGCGCAUCUGCUCCUGACUCUCGGGAGAGGGCUGACUCUCAGGCCUGCGGAGGUCCUCUGGCCAGCCCCAGACCCCCACGGACCCCCAGCCCUGCUGCUGGAGAGGGAGAGGCGGCCCGGCCCCGCCCGCCACGCUGCUCCCACCCCCGCGGGCGCCGGAGCCUCCACGUCGAGAGACCCAAAGCGCCUGACCUCAGCCGCUCCGGGGCCGCGUGGCGACCCCAGAUAAAGAAAACUGGAAGGAAGGGGAGGUGGAGAAAUAGAGUUUCAGGAACUCUUUGUAUAAGUAGUUUCAAAGUACUUGGGAGGAGAAUUAAAGAUUUACUUA